UAAUGAUUAUAUCCAUCUUCUUGCUUCUGUGCCCAUCUACUUUUAAAACCCUUCUGACCAAUGAAAGGGUAUUAUUUACAGUCUUUAUGAUAUGCUGAAGGCAUGUGAGACUAGUUCUGUAUACACAAUGUUAUCUUGCAUAGUUAUGUUUGCAUGCUAUUGAUGAGAGUUGUGAUUAAUUUGGAUCCAAAUGACAUCAGUGUUUGUGGAAGAAUGGGUGUGUACCUAGAAAGUCUGUAUUUAAAGACCUAGUGUGAGACUGGACUCCAUACUUUUUCUGGUGUCAGUGACAUUGACAUCUCAGCCAUCGUCAUGAAAACAGCGAUCACCCUGUCCACUCUGGUCCUUUUGGCUAUCUUAGCAGAAUCUGAGUCUCAGAAGUUUGGACAGCUGUGUGCCAACAACCAAAACAACCGGAUUAGGGGAUCGGACAAAUUUGGCCAAGGACACUAUGGAGCACCACGAACAGGUGGUCGUAAACACUCGGGCGUUGACGUCAUGUGCUCUGACGGGGCAACCGUCUACGCGCCAUUCGAUGUGACCAUCCAAGGCAAGUCUUUUCCUUACUCGGACCCAAGCAAGAAAGCCAUCAACGACGGACUCAAACUCAGUGGAGCAGGACUGUGCUUUAAUCUGUGGUAUGUGAAGCCAGUUAAGUACAGCGGGGUGGUAAAAAAGGGCCAGCGGCUGGGUACAAUGAUGCCCAUGCAGAAGGUUUAUCCUGGGAUCACAUCUCAUCUCCACCUCCAGCUGUGCAAUAAAGCCAACCCAACAUCAUAUCUCAGAUAGAUAGUGUGUGUGUGUGUUUGGAGGGGUGUGUCUGUUGGAAAUGUUGAUGUAACUAUAAAAGUAAUAUCAAUGUGUUGUUAUAUGACAAUAAAGGUGUAGAAAUAUCAAAA